UAAGGCCAUGCCUCCCAUUAAUUACUUGAAUGUACUAGCAACCUAAGUUAAAGUAGCCCAUUCCUUUUUGACCUGAUUAUCCACCAAUCGGCACCCAUCCCUCUAUAUCUGCUAUUAUUAGAGUUUAUUUUACAAGUUACCUAAGCCUUUCUUUUAUAUAUGAUCAGACAUGUGCUGCUUAAAAGAAGUUUCACAACUUCAAACUAUAUCCAACACCUCAUCUACUCUCCUCUCUCGUGACCCAACCCCCUGCUUGUCUUAAACCACAUCACAACACCCCUCCAUUACUCGAGCAAACGGCCGGUCACCACCAACCGGUGGUGGCGUACGACAGCGCUAACAGAGAGAGAGAGAGACACAGAGAUGAUUGACGGAAAAAGAGAGGGAUCCGACAGCAACACCGCUGUGUGCGGCAGGAGAAUGGAAGUUCCGACGAGCGGAUACUCCGGUAAGUUUUAGCUUCUAGUUAUUUUUGUCUCAGCUCCCCUUUAGAUCUCCAUUUGUUUCCGGCCGAUGGUUGCCUUUUCAGGUCGUUGGAGACGUGGUGGUGGUUCGACGACGGUUGAAGCCGCCGGAACCACGCCGGCGACAUCAGUGAUGGUGAAGAUUAUUUUUAUCUCGGGUGCUGGUUAACAAUUUGUUGACAACAGAUGAGAUCAUUCGGGUUCGAGUCAAAAUUUUGGGGCUCGGGUCAAUCAACAAGACGUCACAGUUCACUCGGUUCGGUUCAAGUUCUUCUCCGGUCAGACGUGGGUUCGGGUACUACUCAGAUUUCGGUUCGGGAGUCUCGGAUCUGAAGCGGGUUUCAGUUCAGAUUCAUGUACGGGUCUCGCGGGUCAAGUCUCGCAGUUCGGUCAGACGACUCGGUUGACUCGGUCAAACCGAGUCAAAUCCGUCAACACCCAAGUCAACUCGGUCAACCUGAGUCAACUCAGUCACACCCGGUCAACGCAGCCAGUCCCGGAAUGCCUUAGUUGCACACUAGCGAGUUCACAUUCUUGGAAUGACAUCACGGAAUCACGUUAAGCUAGCUUUGCACAGGAAUGUCAAGGGAAGAGGAAAGGAUACAGACAAAGGCCAUAAUGUUCAUUGCGCAAUUGAUGCUGACACCACAAAGGGUACGGUGGUAGAAAAGAUGGCAAAAUUCCUGAGAGAAAGCGGAGUUGCAAAAGCUAUAUGAAAUAGAACUGUGGUUUAUGAGUCCCAUGUUAGAACAUUUUGGAAUACAGUAGAAUUUGAUGAAUCAGAUAAAAUGAUACAUGCAGUGUUGAGAAAGAAGGACCAAGCUGGAAAGGAUAUAGAUGUGGCAUUUGAGUUUGGUGUUGAAGAUGUCAGGAGAGUUCUUGAUUUGCAGGAUUCUGAUGAUGAUCCAACAAUCAUGUCAGAACCUCUUGUCAAAGGGUUGUGGUGUAGAAUGGGAUUCACUGGACAUAUAAAUGGAAAAAUGCUCAAAAGGAAUUUCUUAAAAGCUUACCGGUACUUGAUGCAUUGCAUGGUGCAUUCAUUGUCACACAGAAAGGGAGCAUAUGAUGAAGUACCAGAUUACAUCAUGAACAUCAUAGCCAGCCUAGUAUUGAACAGAAAGUACAACAUUUCUCAAGUGAUAUUUGAAUAUAUGAAGGAGAACUGCCAGGCUAAAGGAGACAGAUACAUCAUGUAUCCCAGAUUCAUAAUGAUGUUAAUCAAUGAUAAGAUCAAGGAUCCUUCGAAGGACAAUGAGGAUGUCAUGGAGCUGAGCAGUGUAAACUCUAUUACAAUUGGAAGAAUCACCAAGGAUAAGGAUGCAAAGACAAAGCAAAUGAUAUGCAGAAUCAAAGAUAAAGAUUAUGUUGCUCCUGAGAAUGAUAAGUGGAGGCAUGAAAACAGUGAUUCGGAUAAUGAAAAUGAAAAGAUGAGUGAGUUUGCUGAGAAGAAGACCAGAUGGUAGUGUGUGAGAGAUGGAAAACGAAAGAGAACACCUAAGUCAUCCCCUGCAGUUACCAUUCCUAAGGAUGGAGAUAAGGGUAUAGUGAAAGGGGGAGCCUUAAGACAGUUAGAAUUUGUGUUUAAGAAAUAUUUCUAAUAUCUCUGUUAAUGUUUGUUUUUGUAGGGUCUUCUGGGGAGCCAAAGCAGAGACUGAUUGAUGAAACUGUCUUGGAGCCAUCUGUGGUCAUUAAACAAGGAGCUGAUCUUCUAAACCAAUCAUUUCAAAGUUAUAUGAAAAAGAAUGAGGAAGAUGCAACACAACAAGGAUCAAGUGCUCAUGUUAAGAAGAUUACAAGAGUUGAACCAGAGAUUGAAGAUCUGGGGAGUUCAAGUGAAGAUGAUUCUGAAGAAACUCAAUCUGAAUCUGAAUUAGAUCCAACAACUCUUGGAAAGGGGAAAGCACAGCUGAAAAAGAAACCUUUAAAGAAGAAGGAAUAGGAAGAACUGAAGACUGUGCUGGAAGGAACUACAGCUACAUCCGAGGGGGAGUCUGUUAGUACAAUAACGUCUGUAGCUUCCGUCAGCAUGAAGUCAUGUUUUGUAUAUUUGUGAAUAGUUUAUGUUUAUAUGUUUGUUUGUAAAGCAAGUCAGGAUAUGGCGCGUUAUUUUAUUAAGUGCUGACUUUUGUUGACCAUGCUAACCGAUCGGCUAGCCCAGCCGAUCAAACAGGCCAAUUGAUCGAACAGCAGGUCAGCCGAUCGGCUAGCCCAGCCGAUCGGCCAGCACUCACUCUAUCCUGACUGUGCCUAUAUAUAGCUGCUCGAUCAGCUCAUUUGCAACU